AUGUCUUUACCGACAGCUUCAAUAAAACCCCCAGGUAAGAGUUGGCGAGAAAUUAAUCAAGAACGGAAAGCUUUAAAACGUCAGCGAAAUGAGGAAAAAAUUGUAAAGAGAGAAAAGCGUCUUGCUGUUGAAAAAGAAGAAGAGUUAAAAGUAAAAGAAGAAAUAGAAAAAGACAAAAAGAAUGCUGAAAUAUCUACAGUUAGCAUCGCUGUGCCAGGGUCAAUACUUGAAAAUGCCCAAUCGGCGGAAUUACGAACAUACUUGGCCGGUCAGAUAGCACGGGCAGCAUGUGUCUUUUGUGUGGACGAAAUUAUAGUUUUUGAUGAUAUUGGUGAAAAACUAAAUACUAAAAUGUCUAAGCUUGAAGAUGCAGAUGGUGUAAAAGUGGCUCGAAAAAGUUGUGUUCAGCUUGCUAGAAUAUUGCAAUAUCUGGAAUGUCCCCAAUAUUUGAGGAAACAUUUCUUCCCAAUCCACAAGGACUUGGAGUUUGCUGGCCUUUUAAAUCCAUUAGACGCUCCUCAUCAUUUGAGAAUGAGCAAUGACUUUAAAUUUCGGGAAGGUAUUACAAUGAACAAGAAAGUAAAACCUGGAAGAGGUUCACAAGUCAAUGUUGGAUUGUUACAAGAUGUAUCAACGGAUAAAUUAUUGAAUCCUGGCAUAAGGGUAACAGUUAAAAUGUUGCCAGUUUCAGAAGGUCGUAAGAAGAUAAAAGGAAAGAUUGUGAGUCUAUCAACACCAAGAGCAGAAACAGGAGUAUAUUGGGGCUAUACUGUCCGGAUUGCCAAUAAUCUGAGCCAAGUCUUUACUCAGUGUCCUUAUAAAGAUGGGUAUGAUGUAACUAUAGGUACAUCUGAUAAAGGUACUCCAAUAGAUGAACUUCCAGAAAAAAAUGUUAAAUACAAUCAUGCUUUAAUUGUCUUCGGAGGUUUACAUGGAAUAGAAGCAGCUCUUGAGAGUGAUGAACAUUUGCAAGUUGAUGAAGCUAGCUUGCUCUUUAACCAUUAUGUAAAUGUUUUACCCAAUCAAGGAUCAAGGACUAUAAGAACAGAGGAGGCUAUCCUCAUAGCAAUGUCAAGUUUAAGAACAAAAUUAAAAGCAAACAAUGAACCAAUGGUUUUCAAAGAGAGUGGAAUAGCAGUAAGCUCAUCAUUCCCAAAACAAUCUAACACAACCAAUAAUGAUAAUAAUUUAGAUUUAAGCAGAUUUGAU